GCCAAAGAACAUCCAUGCCAACCUGAGCCUGUGGCCGAUCCAAUCCACAAAAGUACAACGAACACACACAAAUAUGGACGAAUGCAUGGAUGUCACAGGAACAGCAAUGGAAUGCAGUGUAGAUACACUGGAACAGCAAGUAUGUCAACAUCCUGGCAUGCCUCCUAGAAAGAUGCCUCGUACUGAUCUCAUCGAACUGGCUCGUCAAAUUGAAACAGCAGAUGACUUCAUCAAGGCUAAUGUCUCCAACAAGCUCACUGUGAUAGCCGAGCAAGUACAAUUUCUCCAAAAGCAGGCCCACCGUAUCCUCGAGGAGGCUCAGCUUAACACCAGGCUUCACCAUGCUGCGUGUAACUUUAAGAAAGUACCUGGAUCAGUGUACUACCUCUACAAAAGGCCAAAUGGUCAAGAGUACUUCAGCAUGAUCAAACCAGAGGAGUGGGGUCCCCAGUGUCCACACGAGUUCCUAGGGGGUUACAGAUUGGAGUCGGAUCUCACUUGGACACCCACCGAAGCCAUCGAGAAGAAAAACCGGCAACUGGACGCCAUCAGCCGCAUUGCCCAGUUUUCGUGCUGGAAGCAAGAGCCCAUGGCUAUCGCAGAUGCAUUUGUGCAAAAGUAGCACAAGUCACAGGACCCUGUCCGGACAAUGAUUCUGCGUGUCAUACUUAAUGUGAAACUUGCAGUUCACUAAAAAAAUUAGUUCUUGAGGCUUGCUAAGACAAAACAAUUUUGGUGCUGUUCAGUGCAUUCAUUAUUUACAACCAACUGCUGAGGUGGUAUGUAAGCACCUGAAUGACAAAGCAACAUGUGCACAUUGUACUUUGAGUUGCUAUUGGUUGACAACAAUGGUUCAAAUAAGAUGUUGCAGACGGCUUUAAUUACGCCAGUGGAAGCUUACAGACAUGAGCUUCAACGAGAUACAACUUCCUCAUAGGUAGAGAAUGCAUUGCUAAAACAGAUAUACACAGUUCAAAUAUACACAGUUUGUGUUACCUCUGCAAAGUAUCUCCCAACCUUUGUGCUGUGCCAUAAGGAGAACAUUUCUUCCUGCCAUCUGCAGUGUGAAAAGGUUCACUCCUAACAUGCCAAUGGUAAACCAUCGUGCACCAGCUACUCCAUAAUGGAAACCCAAAGAUGAACAACAACAUGCCUUGUCUUAUGCAAUGCUAUGAUACUGUAAUAGCUUGCUACACUAGUCUGCAAUAAAAAAAAUUUAUGUAAGUCAUUCACUCAA